GGUCGGUUUCUUCAUGUUAUUGUGAUCCUGUCAGUAAAGGCAGCUCAGGGAGAGUUGCCAUAUUACCCUAACACGAACGUGACUUGGAAGGUUAGUUCGAUGUUUUACUCACCCUUUGUACGUGUUUGCAACAAUUCAUGUUUAAAUUAGCUUUAAUAUCACAUAGGGUCCAUCUGUAUGUAUUGCGAAUGUCAGCUAAUAACAUGUUUAGCUAUUAUUCGUCAAUACCUGUUAGCUCAGGUUUAAGUGACUUUAACGUGCACUAAGAUUAAAAAUGGUAAGUGUCACACUCGCCGUGUUGCAUUAGUGUUUGAUGUUGGAUUAACGUGUGAACAAACCAGCUAAAAAAACAGCCGUUUGUUUGUCUAAGUUUUAUGCUUGUGUGUGUUUUUUCCACAGAGACGUCGUUACGUAACGCUUCACGGUUGUUAUUUCAGAGGGAACGUCAGUUUGUCAGGUCGACUACCGAACGACUACAGCGGAAUUGCACGACCACAGCCGACCUUGUCUGCAUUACAACUUUAAAGAUAACGACGAGCUGACACUAAAAGAAGGUAUGACUGCAAAAUAAGCUAAACAAGGCUUCCUAACAAGGAGGAGUAUAUUAGCGUUUUUGAACGCUCCAGUAUCACAACAUUAGCAACGGCCCAAACAGGCUGCUGUGUGUUUGUGCUAACUGCUAACUUUCAAAGUAGCCAACGUUCUCGUCCAAACGUGAAUUUCAAACAAGCUCCUGUACAAAUGAACUGAGAGUUUUGAAUUGUAUUCGACAAAAACUUGCAUAUGAGUGAAAUUAAAGGAAAGUGAGGUACAAAGUACAAGCAUACAAUAUAUUCUUCUUUUAGUAAACUUUUACAUUUUCAGUUUAUGUUGACCUGGUUGAACAGGUGAGCAGUUGGUCAGGACACAUAAAUACUUGAAGGUUUAGUGGGGGGUUUGUGGUAUACAAGAGUUCACAAUACUGAAGGGUGUGUACUGAAUAUUUUGCUCCUCCCAUGCUUGUUAAUGGAGAGAGCAGAAUAUGAGAGUAACCUUAUAACACACACUGGUACACCUGCAUCACCCACCACGUCUUUUAUUUAAGUAUAGUUAUCAUCUUAUCAUGUAAACAAAGUUGUAAAUUUAGGAUAAUCACGAGAGUUGUGGGAGAGCCGUUGUUUUGGAUUGUAUUGGAUUUACCAGGGGUUCAUGAUGUUAUGGCUGGUUAGUGUAGAUUUGUUCUGUGUUUUGAGAUCAUUUUGAAACUUAUGUGACCUUCAUUUAACCUGUACUGAACUCUCAUGGACAUCUACAGUAUAUCAGAAAAACACAAUUAUAGGGUUUUAGCUUUACAUUUCUACAUUUGUAAUGAAUAUAAUAUUCAUGUUUUUUUAAUCCUGAACAGUGUAAAUACAGGUGGAGAGGGGCUGUAGGCAGAACAAUGGCUACAGUGCAUCACCCAGGAUACCCACUCAGCGACACACUGUACUGGGAUGAAUCUGAAUGCCUCAACUACUACGGGAUGUUGUCCCUCCAUGAGGUUUUUGAAAUAGUUGGUUCUCAGUUGACAGAGACUGAUAUUGAGGUCUUGUCAUUCCUCCUGAAUGAAACAUGUCAUGUCUCACACCCACUUGACCCAGUAGGCUGGACAGUCGAGCCCUGUGAGGGCAUUCCAGAUGUCUUGGGUGUGGCCCCAAGUCCUGCAUUACUAAAGGCCUGGAGGAGGUUAAAGCCUCACAACUCCCAGGGUCCUACAUUUGCCCAGUUUAAGCCCAAGAGUGGCCUUGAGCUUUUGUUAGAACUGGAGAAGUAUGGAUACCUCAGUGAUGGCAACCUGGAGCCACUCCUGCAACUACUGAGAGUCCUUACUCGGCAUGAUCUGCUCCCUUUAGUGUCCCACAAGAAAAGAAGAACAGGUAAGGUGCUCAUCUUUAUGAGAUUUUCAGAUUGUGUUUAGUGCUUUAGUCAUUUCCUCUCUCAGUCAUAACUGCAUUUCCUCUUCGAUAGUUUCAGCCUAAUGAUGACUACUCUUUCUCAUAAUGCUUUCAGUAUCUCCAGAGAGAGUUGGACUGAGGUAUGGAGGAGAGAACAGAGAUGUGGCGUGUAUUUCUGGAAUGCAACACAGCUGCAGACAAACAGAUAUGCCUCUUCCAUCUUUCACACAGCAAUUAAGAACCGGUUAGUGCAGUUCAGAAAUGCACAGCACAUUAUUGUACUGCUUUAACUAACAGCAUGUUUUUCUUUUGAAGAGACACUCGGACUGACAUGGACAUUUCAUUUAUUCUGUCCUUUUGUUAUGCUCAGAGUUUACAUUGUUUACUUCCUUGUGUGAUAUCAAGAAAACACUCAGUAAUUGAAUUAAGUGUAUUGUUUUCUGGCGGGGGAGUUACUAGUGCAUGAGACAGAAACAGGAAUUGAUAAAAUACUGCAAUUGAUUAUGUCCGUAGUCAACUUGUGUCCUUCUUAACCUAAAAACUAAUUACAACAUCUUAUGUUCUGUCAGGGGUCUACCCUCCUAUGACUGGGUUACCUGCCAGAAGGAGGAGGAAGAAGAGGGGAAAUGGCUGGAGCCGCAAGCCGAAGAAACCACGCAGACAGGGCCAGCCACUGCCACCACCACCACCGCCACCACACAAAAUGUCCUGUGGUAAGUGAAUCACCUGCGUUCUUCCUCGGCUUUCCUCUUAGUUUUCCAUCCCCCGCUUUCCUACUUUCAUCCGGUCAUUUCCUAUCACAAAACAUAAUCACAUCUUUUCAUCAGCCAUAUACCACGCAUAUUUCAACAAUAAUUCAUUGAUAUCUUAUCCAGCAUCACCACAUUUUCUGUUUGUCUCCGUUCCAAUGUUUCUUGAUGUGAAAUCUCAACUUUCAUUAUGGAGUUUUCAAAUGAAGUCUGAGCUGUUUUCGAAAGUUUCUGUUUAAAGAUAUGAUCCUCUGAAAAGCAUAAGGACCUUGCACUCAGGCUCAGCAUAACAUUGUGAAGCAAAAUUGCACAGAUGCAAUAUUACCCCACUCAGGUUGGAAAUGCUCCAUGUAAUCAUCUAAACUUUAGACCUUAAAUAUUAGAUACUAUCCAGACAAUUCAGGGGCCUAUACUACGAAGCAGGAUUUACAGUUAUAGAUACACCUUUAAGGUUAACUUUGAGUUAUUGUUUGUACUUCCUUGACAUCAUUCUUUAGUGUACUAAAUAGUUCUUUCUUGAAUCGUGUUUUCAUGUUUAUGUAUAUCGUCUCCAUAUUGAUCCUGUCAGGGCUGCAGCUGAAAUAAUACAUGUAAAACUGUUAUAAAUGCUGCAAGAAUAAAUCCAAGCUACAAUUAGGUUUCAAGAAAAGAAUGGCAUUAUUUUUGCCUUUUGCAAAUCAAUAAUGGGGAAGUGAUUGACCCCUUCCAAAAUUUAAUUUGAGUAUUUAUGUAUGCAUUUAGGUUAAUUUUAUUCUGGAUUGUGUGUUUAAAUAUUCAAUAUUUUAUAUAAGUUGUUCUGUGUCUAAAAAAUAUGAUGAUCUGAUGGUAAACUUGUUGGUGUUUGUGUUGCUCACACCACCCUGUUCAUGUGAACGCGCUCACAGCUCACUGUAACUUUGGGUUGACUUAUCAGGUUGAUAGCCUGCUUUGUUGGACCACUUAGUGUGAUCGCCUUUGUCAGAGUUAAUUAAACCAGUUAAGUCAAAGAUAUCCAGGGUUUGUUGAACUCGCUUCGUAGUACAGGCCCCAGAUUAGUUCUCUAGUUGUUUUGGAAGCUUUCCACUCAAUCUGUGAACCACCCACAGCACCAGAUUACGUGGACCAAACUUAUGUUCACAGAAACGUCCUAAACUAGAUUUUUCUUUCCUUAUUGGUAGAGGGAGAUUGAGGGGAAACAGUCCUAAACCAGCAAGACUGUAACUGUGUAUUAUAGUAUAAGUAUUAGCUGCCAUUACAACAGCCAAACCAAUACAAUAGAAGGAAUUUGCUUUCCAAAUUAUUAUUUCUACUGUAUACUGUGAAAACUGCAUAAAAUAAAUAUGGCAAGACGUAUUUGCAAGCUAUGGUAGUGGUAUGGGCAGAUAAGGGAAUUAUCCGGUGACUAUAUCAAUUAUUUGUUAAGUUAACUGUGAAGUAUUUGUGAUAAAUGCCUCAACAUAAACUCACCAACAUCAGGAAAGGUAACAAACUUUAGUUAAAAUAAAGUAAAUCUGGUUUUAAACUAUUUUAAUGAACAUUUUAGAUUUUUAAAUAAUUAAGAAAACAAACUAAAAAUCAGUCAAAGGUUUCUGUGAAUGCAUCAUACCAAACGAUCUUUGCCUGAGAUGGUAAAAAUAAUAACACCAUUAUGUCUGCUAUCAGCAGAGACUCUGCACCUUUUACUGUCUUUGCACUUGUUCUGAUUUUUCCAUCUUUGUCUGAUUGACAACUUUAGCGAAAAGUUGUUUUCCAGCAAUCAAAUCAGCUGUGGGACACAAGAUAUUAAAUGCCAUUCAAAAUUGCUUGCCUACCCCUUUCGAUUGACUAUUAUCUCUUCAUUAUUCAGUGUCUCCUUAUCCGCCUUUCCUUUAACAUGCAACAUCAGAGAAAUCCUGUUGCCCUCUCCAUUUCUGAAUGUAGCUCUCUCUCUCUACAUUCUUCUCCUUUCAUUUCACCUUUCAUCUAACCCGUUAGACUUUGUUCAGCUGCAGCUGUACAUAAGAAUGCAAACUGGCAGGUUUUCUCCUAUUCCUUUGUUACUUUUCACUGAAAGACGCUGUCAAGCCAACAUUCGAUGCAGCCCUUACUCUGCUUUGUGGUCAUUCUUGAUACAAAGGUUGUCACAACAGUCGAUGGUUGAACCUCAUGUAUCUUGCUGAGCAGUUCAAAACAAUCUAACUCCACUAAAAGCUGCACUUAAAAAUCAAUGAUCUGUUCAACAUUCGUAGUAUUGCCUUGCUGUAAUCAAUCGCGGCUUGCUCAUCUCUGCAAAGUAAAAUUGGGACAACACUAACAUCAGUUUGCCUUUGUGUGAAGUUUGCAUAGUCAUCCAUGCAGACCUCCUCGCACUUUUCUUUUGAAUGUCCAUCUCUGGUCAAAAAUACAUACUACAACAAGUGUCAGAUGAUCCUGAUUCAAUAUAAGAACCAAAAAGAUCUAACAAGAAAGACAGCUUAUCAAGUUAUUUAGGAUGAGUGAUGUGCCUGUGACAAUGAACAUGUUGCUGUCUUGACUCCACGUUUGAUUCCACCAGGUUGACUCAAGAUUGUGACUCAGAUCGAGUAACCUAAGACACAAAGGAUCGUGGAGACACAGGGGGAGACUGAGGAACAAAACAAAUAAAGUGUGUCACCCUGCUCUGUCCAUACAUACUGCUGUGUGCGUGAUCAACUCAGGCAUGCGCUCUCUCACAAGUCUGGGCCGAUGCCUAAGGUAAAAGAGGCUCUCUCCUCCUGCCACAACAGGGGUCGUUGCAGCCACUUUGCUCUAUAUUCGAUGCUUGUGUAUCACAAUGUAGCCGCCCCGUACCCUGUUCCCUAAUUUGCUCUUUGAAGACCUUCCUGAAAUGUUCUUGAGUGUUGUGCACUGUAGAUGAGACAUAUUCUGGUUUGAAAGUCCUUCCUUAUUUUUGUAUACUGAAAUGAGUUGCUGGAGUAAGAAUCACAAGACUGAGUCUGCAGUAGACUGAAGUGAUUCCAAAAAGUUUCCAGCUGAUGGUCCAGCAAACCAUUUCUGACAGAACUCUUAGUAUAUUUGAUCUCCCUAUGGAGACAAAUUCCUAUUAAAUCUAUUUCAUAUUCCGACAUGUUUUAAGUGGAUAAAGAUCCUGAUUAAUUUGACACAUUUUUACAAACAUAGCCAACUGCUUCACUGUCUUGGCACAAGUGUCCAAGCUUUUACCGCAAAUGAACAGAUAUUGAUACUGACAAACAUUUCUGUUAAUUUUGUUUGACAGCAAUAUUACUAUAAUUUGUCAAUAACUGAUAACAUUUAAGCCCCUACAGCAGAGGUUAAAUAAUAUGUGCUUUGCUGCAGUUUAGCUUCUUUUACUGUUUGAUGUUAUAGAGAAUUGGCUCAUUGUUAUCUCAUACUUUUAGAAACCAAACCAGCCAGUUUACCCUCUGCAACCUACAGUAGAGAGUUAGAUUUGCAGGUCAUAUUAUAGGAGAGAAUAACAAAAUACUAUGAAAACAACAGUGCAAGAUAGGGGUGGGAGAAAAACCGAUACUGCGUAGUAUUGUAUCGCAAUACUCACUGUAUUGCAAAAUGUUAAAAAUCGCAAUAAUAUUGUAUUGUGGCCCAAGUAUCGUGAUAAUAUCGUAUUGAGGGGCCACUAGUGAUUCCCACCCCUAGUGCAAGAGAUAUUUAUUUUUAUUAUUAUUAUCAUUAUUGAUGGCCUUAGAACCUUUUUCCAUGAACAAAAAUUAGGAAACUGAAAGAAUAUUCUUGGGGGAAAUAAAAUGAGCUUUAUAUUCAGAAUAUGGUCCACAUUUAAAAUCUGUCUGUAACCUUCAAUGCCAAAACAGUGAUUUGCUGGACAUGUUUGUGAAAGUGUCACUUAUUGGUGCAUGUUGAAACUAUUUUGGGGCUACUCAAUCUCAUCACAGUAUCUUUAUUACAUUCGCUUGCAAAUAUCUACAUUAAAUUUGAACUGAACUGGUACUUUAAUUCAAACCAGUUCUAGAGUUUUAAGUUGAUAAAAUGUUGAUUUGGCAAAGACAUUCAUCCUUUUAUAAGGACUGGACAUGUAGUCCAUCCAAAGAAUCUGGAAAAAGCUGCUAAAAAAGAGCCAGUACAACCUCAACCCGAGCAGCUCUGAGGAAAAUUACCCAACAGUGCUCUGCUGAAGGAAGCUCCUGCUGUAUCUUAUCUCUGUGCCCCGUGUGAAACCUGGGUGUGUGUUUGUCAAGAGGGGGCAGAGAUAGAUAGGGCAGUUCAGACCAAUGCUGGCCCCUAAGCAUAUAAGCAGACCUCUUUUUUUUGUCAUGAUUCAUCUGUCAGAUCAUUUUCAGUGAAGUGUCGCAAUUACAGUCUGGCAAUGACACUUGCUGUUACAAAUACCCAUAAGGUAUCUGUAGCUUCAAACUCGCGGUGUCUUUUUGCCAUCUAAAUGGGGUGCUUGUGAAGGCCCUUACUUGGUGUAAUGGACAUACAGGACUAACAUUAGAGUUUGAGCUUAAAUAAUGGACUGGUGAAGGUAAGGGUAAUGGUCAUGGUAAGAGAAGUCCCAAGCAUCCCACUUAGACAUUUUGAUAUACAACCUACUAUAGGUACUGUAGUACUAAAGCUAUGUCUGAACUGAUGAUAUUAUCAGCACAAACUGUUGCCCUGACUCAAACCUCAUUAGAAGUAAAGAGUGAGUGCUGUGCCAUGCCUGCUUGAUGUUGAAAAAAACCAACCAAGUCAACCGAUAUCAAACCCACUUGUGCUUGUCUCUUUCUCUCUUUCUCUCCUUUCUGUGUUCGCAGUUCUAAACAGACCAACCUGUGUGUCAGGAAAACAGUAUCCUCACACAAUGAGAGGGAGAGAACGAACAAUAAUGCUCAAACUACGCAAAAUGGUAGAGCGAGUGAUUUUUGUCCAUGAGGAAAAGAGAGAGUUCUGUCUGCGCGACUCUCAAUACUCCCCUAACUCUCCACUCUCUCGGUCAGUCAUUCAGCAGAAAAACGGAUCGAUAAAGAGUUGAAGCUCUUCGUACCAAGUGACUCCUCGUAAAUGGGUACUUAAACUUUUUUUGUGGGGGAGGAGGGGUGGGAUGGAGGAAGCCAAACGGGCUUGGUGUUUAAAGUGAGAAAAUGAAAGCUGUGCUUCCUAAUGUCCUGUCUAAGUGGAUGUCUCUGUGUCUGAUGAAGCGUGAAGUGCUCUGUAACCCUAACAAAAUGACUAUCAUUGUGUUCCUCUGGUUUUAAAUGGCCUCCUUCUCAGUGCCCCUAUCUCUACCUCCAUCCCUCUCAGUAUGAAACGGGGAGGCAGAAAUGGAGGCCAUCCAUAAAUACCGUAAUUGCAUGAAGGGCAGGUGUUUAUCAUAGCCACAGCCAUCACACAGUGUAAUGAUCCAAAAGGUCGACUGUUAACAGUGCUUUAACUCCAUAUUUUGCUGAGUCCAUAUUGAACAUUGUGUGAGACAGCAAAGUGUUAGGUGAUAUGUAGCCCUCUGCUUCCCCCUUUUAAAAUUGGUGCCAUAUUUGACAUUUUGUGAAUAUAUCAAAAAUGGAAUACUAAAAAACAUCCUGUCACAGCUGAUUUGUUGAUAUGCCUGCAAGGACAUUUUACAACAAAAUGUUUUUGACCACAGACCUUUGAAAUUUUUUAAGUGUUAUUGUUUUGCAACAUUGAAUCACAGUGGAUGCUUUUUGACACUGAUCACAGAUAAAGACUUUGUCUGAGCGCUUCAGUGAGUUAUUGUCCUGAACUAUAAAUCUGUCACAGUUUUCUGGGAGGCUGCAGCAGCUUUUCUCCUCCAGGGUUUUACUGUAUUUUGCUACAUUCAAUUUACCCACUACCUUCUCAAGCAAUACAGGCUCUGCUGCAGAGAAGCACCCCUGUGGCAUGGUGCUGCCAACCACCGUGCUUUGUAUUGAGGUUAGUUUAUUUCUGUUGGUGAGCUGUCGUUGGUUUAUGUCAAAGUAAAAAGACAAAAUUCAUUCUCAGAAUUUCCUUUUGGCAGACACAAGGCGACCCCGACUGGCUCGCUCUGCAUCUGGGAAACAGUCAAAUGAACAGCAUCUCCCAUGUCAGCUUCUAGAUUUUGUUUGGCCUAUUUGUGACCAUCUCCACUAGGCACUCCAUUACUGAAUAUAAUCAAGUCAUGAAUUAGGGAGUCUAUUGCUCAGACAGACUUUUCUUCAAACAAUCCACUGCUAAUCAGUGUUCUAAGACAAUAAAACUCCCAAAACAGGAGUGAAUACUUGGUAUUGGCACUUUUUGUCCUCUAAGGACAGGAAUAAUCUUUUUAUUGUAUAAAUCUUUUUUGUAUUGUUAAUGGAUUGAACUGAAAAAAGAGCUACAUCUCAAUUUUUUUUCACUUACCUGAGAGAUUUGUUGAGAGAGUCAUUGUAAGAAAAAAUCUAAUGUCUAAUUCAUGUAAAAUGUGUUUUAUUUUCAUGUGAAAAUAUGCUUAUGGAAAAAAAACAAUCUUAUUUUGUGCCAAGAAACUGAAGCUGCUGAAGCUGAGAUUGAAAGUUCUCAUGUUUGUGACUGAAUCUUAUUUGCAUUCUUACAUAUCAUACACAUCUCUGAAGACCUCAUUGAUUAAGUGUCCCCUUCGGUCCAGUCCUGUGUUUCUUGAGUAAUUUAAUUAGAGCCUCAUGAAGUCUGAAUACAAAAACACUGUGUGUGGUAACUGCUCUUGCACAAAUGUUAAAGACAUGCAAAAUCAAUGGCCUAAUUCAACAUUUGCAUUUCUAAUGUUGACAUUUUCUAAACUUUAAUCCCCGUGAGCUGGGUGCCACUCUCCAUAGCCCCAAACAAAUUAUGAAUACAAAGAGGGUUAAACAUGACCCUCAAAUUGGACCAUUAACUUGUUGAAUCAAAUCUUUAAGUAUUCAAAUCCACUUAUUGAUGCGACUCUCUGCCUUAACCUCUUAUUAGCAAGACUUAAAUCUCUGUCUUCACAGAGAAACGUUUGGUCAGAGUCACAUGGAAUCUUGCUCUGUUUGGUACCAAUGUGCUUCCAUUGCAGUUACUAUUAACACGAAUAAACAUAUAAACUUCUCUUGAAUUGUUUAAAACUAAUGUACCUUCUUGGUUUUUUGUGUCCUUAUUAAGAUGGUAUCUGGAUUCGAUAUAUAAAGAUGGAAACAUGGUUGUCAGACUCUGAAAAAAAGAUUCUACCCACCGUAAUGAUAGACUGAGUAGAUUGUUUCUAGUUAAAUUGAUGUUAUUAACAGUGAACACUGUUUACCUCGACUAAAGGGGUGUUUGAGUGGGAGAGAUGGAUUUUUGUUGCAGCAAAAGUCAUCAGCAGCUGGUUCCUACUUGAAGCUCUGGAGUAAUGACAUGGGGGACGAUCUCAGCAGUGCUUAUGCUCAGUACAGUAUGUAUCCUCUGAUCUUUCUCGCUGUGCUGUUGCAUGACCGCCAAUCCUGUUAUUGUGGAACACCAGCAGCUAUCUGUUCUCACCCUAAAAACAUGCUGACCAAAAGGAAUGUGGUGCUUUUAAAUAUUAGGCUGUGACAAAACCCUCUCCAUGGCUAAUCACCGAAAUGUUGCUUCCAUUACUGCCACCACAAUAUUAUUCCGACAAAUUUGAAUGUAUUUGUAAAUGAACUUUAAAUCAAUGACUAAUGAAGACCAUGCUGGGUGUCAUUCUGAAAAUCUUGGAGCAUCACUUUCUUCUUUCUACUUGAAGUCAAAAAGUUAAGUCAGCAUAAGUUAUUGAAGAUGUGGAAUUGCCUCAGAAACUACACUCCUUGUUUUACACUCCUUACUGAGUUUCUCUCUGGAUGCUAAAAGCAGUUACUUUAUUUUGACCUAAACACACUGAAGGGGUCGCAGCAGUUUUUUUUGUUCAGAAAAAAAGAGAAAGUCCUUGGUCCAGCACCAGUGCCCCACUUAAUUAACACUCUGCUCUGCUUAUUGCACCUUUGUAUUUGCUCUUUUAUCAAGAGAGAGUUCCUGAAGUAUUUCAAGCUCCAGUUUACAGACCAAUAAGUACUCAGCCUACUGGAUCACAUUUCCCUUUGGGAACUCUGUUCUCUUGAGCCCCUUUUCCAAAUCCCUGUUUAAUGUAAUGCUCUUAUGAAGAUAAGCGGAAUGAGCUGUGUUUUAAUGACUUUUUUUGUGUCUCCAUUUCUCCUCCCUUUCCUUUGACCUCAUGACCCCUUACUUUCUGUCUACUUUGUGGGCCUCUCCAUUUUCUUUUUCUUUCUUUUUAACUUUCUGUAACCUUUCCUCCUCUCUCCUAACCCUUCGCCACUGUCUUUUCUCUCUUUCCAUUCCUUUCUUCACUUCAUGUUGCCCUCAUUUUUCACUCUCUACGCUAUACCCUUCCAUUAUGUCACCCUUCCAACCUCCCCCAUUUACCUCCUCCUAUUGCUUCCCCCUCCCCCUUCUGCUGUCAGACAUCCGCCUGCGUGUCCGGGCCGAGUACCUGGAGCAUGAGUCGGCCCUCCGUGACGGUGUGUCCUCGGAUAAACAGCAGCCCCUGGAGCGGCAGUUUGAGUUGUUCAGCCAAGCCAACUCGCUGCUUCGUGCCAGAGACCUGGGUUCUAUCGUCUGCGACAUCAAGUUUACAGAGCUGGACAACCUCGAGGCCUUCUGGGGUGACUACCUGAGUGGAAAUCUGCUGGAGGCCCUGAAGGGAGUCUUCAUCACUGACUCCCUGAGGAUGGCAGCAGGUAUGGAGGGUGUCCGCCUGCUGAUCAGUGUGGACCAGGAUGACUACGAGGAGGGCCGGAAGGUGCUAAGGGCAAGGAGAACAAUGUCAGCCAGUUAUGGUGGGCGUGCAGAGACUUACUGGUCUGUAUAGGCCGAUAAGACUCUGUGGAUUUUGUAUUAUAAUAACUCUAAAGAAUGCAUUAGUAGUCAGUGCUGUUGAAAGAACAUGGUUGCAUGCGAAUUAGGAAGCGUUUUUCACAGCCUCCUUUUGUAUUUGCAAUCUGUGUUAGUACCACAAGGUGGCAGCACGAGCCAUUGGUUCUUUGAGUUCAUAACAGGCCUUACAUUUUUCAAAACUGUAUAUCUAUGUAUAAACAUUACCAUUAUUUGUGAUAAAUGAUUUAAUAAUUUAUCAAUGUGCUUUCCUUUUGGAUUCAUGCACAGGUGCUAUUUUCUAGGACAUCAGGAUGAAAAAGGAUGUAGCAAGAGUUUCCAUCUUAGUCUCAGUGAGAACAGGAGCAAGCAAGCCUGUGCCUCAAGAUCAUGUGGUAAGCCAAAACAUUAAAUGAUUAAGGUGAGGACGGUUGUGCUUACUCGAAUUAUUGAAAAUUUUCCUCAUAAAGAAGGACAUGUUUACAAACUCUGUGGGCAACAAGAAGACCAAACUCCUAAUCAAGCAUUAUUAACAGUAAUGUUUAAACUCGAGAAUGGACACUCCACUUUCAGUACGACUCUCUAAAGUGUCAAAUCCAAACACACCUUUAGAGGUGAUAAUAAAGCCUUCACAGUUUGACAGCUGGUUGAUUUUCUUUUUCGGUUCAGGGUAAUAAAGCCAACAGGCACUGUCUGUAUUUGGUUAUUUAAAGGAAAGUAAAUCCUUCCAAAAUAAAAAAGUUCCCGUUCUUUAAAAGAAAUUUGAAAGCACUGAGCGCAGAUAGAAAACUGACCUUUGUGUAUAACUUUGGAGGGCCUAGUCCAUCCAAAUACACCUAGAUAACAAACAUUGGGAUUCUCAGCCCUGUGUACCACGAUAACCCAACUUGUGAUUGCUGUGGUCAGUGGAUACAGCAGCUGCUGGUAGAUGACAGCAGUGAUUAGGGCUAGGCCUCAGCAGACCAUGGAAGAUUCAUCAUCCAAAGCUUGUCAACAGCAACCGGGAUAAUGCAAUGGUGACUUGUGCCCGGGCUUCCAGCUAGGCCUCAGCAAGUGCUUCUCUCAGCAAGUAAAGCACAGGACAGUGCGUCGGUCAAUAGAAGUGAUGUUGGAGAGAUCAAAAUCAAAAGUGCAUAUCCCAGCUCCACUCAGCCCUGCUAUGUAGGCCCAGUAGAGUGGCUCACAGACAGCUGUCUACUCACCCUGCUGGAACUAAUGCCUGGACUUCACUCAUAGAAGAAGAUCAAUAAGGCCCCUCCUCUAAGUCCCUUCAUACAGGCUCAACUUAAGCAGGCAGACUUGCUGCUGUCUGAAGUGCAGAGCCCUGCAGUGCCAGGCAGAGGAAAAGACAAUGGACUCAUUUUCAUGUUUUCCUUUAUUUAUGUUUAUGAUGAACUAAUUUGUUAAUGUUUACAAGGAGUAGUAUUGUUUAAAAAAGGAGAAAAAAAACUACUAAUUCAGGGGAACAUUUUUGUUAAUAUUUAACUUGCUUUGGUAUGGCAAUUCUUUUUGUGUAAAUCUUUCUAUAUUGGACUUUAUUUCUGGUGAAUAAUAAAGGUUUCAUGGCCUAAAAA